AUGGAAGUGCCGAUACUACCCAUAAACACCGCCUUAGACAUGGCCAACACUACUGGUGUGCGGCAACCUGACGAUGGAUUGGUGUCCCCCUCUGAGAGUAUGACCAGUAAGCCAUUGUUGAAGCUGAAGUUGUUGAACGUUCUGCGGAAGGGGUCUUUAGAUGAUCUGCAGAUCUUGCUUAGGGAUCAAUUUGUCCCUAAGCACGAUCCAAAUGUUAUAGAAGUUGCGAAUUCGGUUUUACAAUACGCUGUUCAGGUGGCACCGCUACAAUUAAUAAAAAGCAUCGUGUCAAACAAGGACAUGUUCAAUCAGUUAGGGUUUGAUGUCCCACUCAUCAACAUUAACGAGAAGGAUAAUUUAGGAAAUACACCGUUACACAUGGCAGCUUUCCAAUCGAGGGCCGACGUUGUAUCCUAUCUGAUGGAUCUCCCCGGAAUAAAUGAUACUGUGACGAAUGAUAUGAAUCUUCAACCUUUUGAGAUAUGCAAAGAUUUGAAUAUUGCUCAGCUGAUGCAAUUCAAAAGGUCAAGCUACAUUGCAGAGAUUGCUACUGAAUUUAGAACUGCUUUCAAUAAUAGAGACUUCCAACAUUUAGAGUCCAUUUUGAGCAAUCCAAGGAAUUUCAACCUGUUGGAUAUCAAUGGGAUGGAUCCGAAAACGGGUGACACUGUUUUACACGAGUUUGUGAAAAAAAGAGAUGUUAUUAUGUGCAGAUGGUUGUUGGAACAUGGAGCGGAUCCGUUCAAAAGAGAUGCCAAAGGUAAACUGCCGUUAGACUUGCUGAAAAAAGUAUCGACAACGGAAGAGGUUUUGAGCGGUUCGGCAAGUACCACUACGGCAACGACAAAACAGGCAAUUGACAUGGAACUGAAAAAAAUGCUUGAGAAAUCAGCCAUGGAGCAGUCAGUUAUUGACAUCACUGGUGUGAAUACUUCUGCACCAGUGGUCUCCAGUGCCAACAAUACCAAGAUCAUGACACCUCCAACUUUUAAGGGCUAUUUGAAAAAAUGGACGAAUUUCGCCCAAGGCUACAAGUUGAGAUAUUUCAUUUUAAGUGAUGACGGUAAACUGUCGUAUUAUAUUGACCAAUCUGACACCCAAAAUGCAUGCCGCGGUUCGCUGAACGUUUCAAACUGUUAUUUGCAUCUAGAUUCAUCGGAAAAGCUGAAAUUCGAAAUUAUCAGUGGUAGCAACCGUAAUAACUCCAGCGAGGAGCUUAGAUGGCAUUUGAAAGGGAACCACCCAAUUGAAACAAACAGAUGGGUCUGGGCCAUCCAAGGGGCUAUAAGAUAUGCCAAGGAUAAAAAUAAAGGAUUAGUUCCUACGAUGAUCACCAACAAACCACUCAACAAUAGGCCUAAUGCAAUAACUGCUAGGGAUGUGCUGUCGCUACAAGACAAAACAGAAACGGCCAAUAGUGAUGAUAUGUUGUCCUUGAAUUCGACACAUCAGCUUUUGGGAGAACAAUCACCACCUCCUUCGCUACCGCAACCUCCUCUACCACCCUCCGAACCAUGUGUCUCAUCUCCUGAUUUGGCCAAGGCGUCUCAAUUAGUCCCCCCAACUUUUCCUCCCCUUACUUUCAACCCUACACUUGAGGAUAAAGACAUGGCAGAUAUAGAGAGUAGCAGCGGGGAUGACGACGAUUACGAUGAUGACGGCGAUAUGUUCGAUAUCAUUAACGGGACUGACGGCGACGAUGUGAAAAUCUCCUAUGGUCCAUUUUCUCACAAGGUACACAUGAUAAAGAGAUCGAUCACUAUAGAUUUUACCGAGCUUAUCGAACUACUUUCUGACGAAUCGCUGGCAAAACAGAAUCUGUCAUCAAAUAGAGAUAUUUGGAAUACAGUGGGAAAAACUUUGACAGAUAUGAAUACAAAUUUUAUGAAAUUAAACGAAUUGACCCAGCAGCGUGACAGGAAGUUUAUAUCAAUGCUAAGCAAGCAGAGGGACCUCAAUAAUGUUUGGAUGAAGUCAAUGAAAGAACUGGAGCUAGAACUUAUUGAAAAGGACACGAAGUUGAUGAGUUUGGAUAAGGAAAGAAAACAGCUGAAGAAAAUGUUAGCGAGCGCAGCUGUUACAGCUGCCUCCAACCAAGGUUCUGAUACGAACAAAGCAGUUGGUGAUUCUUCAACAGAUAAUAAUAUGGAAGGGAACGGUGCCACAUUGGAAGAAAUUGCUGCAGCAAUUAACGUUAGCGAUUCAGAAGAGUCGCAAGGUGACGAAUUUUUUGACGCAGAGGAGUUAAGUGACGAAGAAUAUGGGAAUCCAGACCAGAAGAAUGACAAUGAUGGAGCUGGAACGAAUGAAAAGGUUGAUGAUGAAGAAAAUCCAUUUGAGGCAACAGCCGCUUCGGAAAAUUCUGCUGCGCUAAUUGAAGAAAUCUCUUCCGACAGUUUUGUCACCACUGCACAACUGGAAAAAUUCGGGGCUUUGGAAAAGGAAGGAACCUUUCUUGGAUAUGAAAAGGAGCAUCGUUCAAAACUUGAUUUAACCUCUGAUGAUCGUCCCAAGAUUAGUUUAUGGGGUGUUUUGAAGUCGAUGGUGGGCCAAGAUCUAACCAAAAUGACACUUCCUGUAAGUUUCAAUGAACCGACAUCUAUGCUACAGAGAGUGACAGAAGAUAUUGAGUACAGCAACCUACUGUCCAAGGCAAGUACGUUCCCUGACUCUACGCUGCGACUAAUGUACGUUGCAGCGUUCACUGUGUCCCCAUUUGCAUCCACUAUCAAUCGUGUGGCCAAACCAUUCAAUCCCCUAUUAGGUGAGACGUACGAAUAUGUUAACAGCAAGGAGCAGUACAGAUUUUUUACGGAGCAGGUAUCUCAUCAUCCGCCGAUUUCGGCUACUUGGACUGAAUCACCAAAAUGGGAUUACUAUGGUGAAACGAACGUUUAUUCCAAAUUCACUGGCCGUUCUUUUGUCAUCAAGCAUUUGGGUAGAUGGUUUGUAACCAUGCGCCCUGAUGCUGACAGUAACGGUGCUACAGAAGAAGUAUACACUUACAAAAAACCCCAGAAUACUGUUAUUGGCAUUCUUGUGGGUAAACCCGAAGUAGACAACUCUGGCGAAGUGCGAAUUGACAAUAGAACGACUGGUGAUUACUGUAUCAUGAACUACAAAGCCCGAGGGUGGACCUCCGUCGGCGCAUACGAGGUGAGAGGUGAAGUGUUCAAUAAGGAUGGGAAAAAGUGCUGGAUCUUUGGCGGUCAUUGGGACGAUGCGCUUUACGGUAAAAAAGUAUUGAAUGGAAAUGAUUCAGCUCUACAACUAGACUCACAUGUAGGUACCGAUGACCCAAAGUAUGAUGGCACAAAGUUCUGUAUCUGGAAAAUCCAUAAACGGCUAACGGGUGUACCCUUCAAUUUAACGCCAUUUGCCAUUACAUUAAACGAUCCGAACCCAAAGCUUGUGCAGUGGGUUGCCCCCACUGAUUCCAGGUUACGACCAGAUCAAAGGGCUAUGGAGGACGGCCGGUACGAUGAGGCUGCCGUGGAAAAGAAUAGGCUCGAGGAAAAACAGAGAGCCGUCAGGAAGGAAAGAGAGGCGCAGAAGGUAAAAUACCAACCGAAGUACUUCACACUGGAAAGAGACCCGGAUUCCGGUGACAAGAUAUGGAAGUUUACUGGUGAGUACUGGAAUCUACGGAAAAAACACGACUGGUCCAAGAGUAACGACAUUUUUUGA